CACCGCUUCAAUCAGUCAGUCGGCCAGUCCGUCUCUCUUCCAGCUCGCACUGCCUCCCGCUGCUCUCUUGUUGAAUCCAGCGCAGCCUGUUGUUGUUGGGUGGUUUUAGUUUGCGUGUGCGGAGACGAUGACUUCCCUCGACGAACUGCUACACAUAUCUCUGGAGGAGUCUACCUCGGAGAUCAUCGCUGAAUACAUUUGGAUUGGUGGAUCCGGGACGGACUUGCGGUCCAAGGCCAGGACGUUGCCGAAGCCUGUCACCGACCCGAAGCUGCUGCCAAAGUGGAACUAUGACGGGUCGAGUACCGGUCAGGCGCCCGGCGAGGACAGCGAGGUGAUUCUUUACCCACAAGCGAUCUUCCGAGACCCAUUCCGGCGUGGGAACAACAUUCUGGUGAUUUGCGACGCGUACACGCCUCAGGGCGUGCCUAUCCCCACCAACAAGAGGGCUGCCGCUGCAGAAAUCUUCUCCAAGAAAGAGGUCGUGGAUGAGGAGCCCUGGUAUGGUUUGGAGCAGGAGUACACGCUGCUGCAGAAGGACGUGAAGUGGCCCCUUGGAUGGCCCGUGGGAGGCUACCCCGGCCCACAGGGGCCUUACUACUGCGGCACCGGAGCUGACAAGGCCUGGGGCCGUGACAUCGUGAACGCCCACUACAAGGCCUGUCUGUACGCCGGGAUCCAGAUCAGCGGCAUCAAUGGCGAGGUGAUGCCUGGGCAGUGGGAGUUUCAGGUGGGCCCCGCGAAGGGCAUUGCGGCGGCUGACCAGUUGUGGGCAGCGCGGUACAUUCUGGAGAGGAUCACGGAGAUCGCAGGAGUGGUGCUGUCGCUGGACCCCAAGCCCAUCGACGGAGACUGGAACGGUGCUGGGUGCCACACCAACUACAGCACGAAGUCGAUGCGCGCGGAUGGAGGAUACGAGGUAAUCAAGAAGGCCAUCGAGAAGCUGGGGUUGAGGCACAAGGAGCAUAUCGCAUCAUACGGCGAGGGCAACGAGAGGAGGUUGACGGGCAAGCACGAGACUGCGGACAUGAAGUCGUUCUCGUGGGGAGUGGCGAACAGGGGGGCAUCAGUGCGAGUGGGGCGCGACACGGAGAAGGAAGGGAAGGGAUACUUCGAGGACAGGCGGCCGGCGUCGAACAUGGAUCCAUACGUGGUGACGGGACUGGUGGCGUACACGACCAUCUUGUGGAACCCCACGGAAAGCAAGUAAAUGGGAGAGUGUCAGGGAAGGGAUAUUGGUUUGGUACAGGAAGGGCUGUUGGGAGGCAGCGAUGACGAAUGGUGACUUGAUUGCUGGGUAGGGAUACGUUUGAUAAGGUAGGCGAUUGUCGGUAGUUGGCUCGGGGAUGGGGGUAUUGCCGAGAGUGAGUCAGGAGUUGUGUGUGGAGUGCCCGCGGUGGCUGUACAAAGCUGGACGAUGCAUGCAGAAGAGCUUCUGUGUGAUUGAUGCGGAGACGUUGUAAAGAGGAAGGGUUCCAGUAGGCAGGAGGGGCAGAUUGUGUCAAUGCUGGCGUGCUGUACUGCACAACAAUCGCAAUAAUCACACUACAAUUACAAUUUAUUCA